AUGGUAUACUUCUAUGACUUAAUAGCCGCCGACUCAGCAGAGGUGUUCUGGAUUGUAGUAGGCAGGAACAAGGAGGAGAACGACCUUUUGGUCAAGCACGGGUACCGGGAGUUAAACUACCUCUGGUUCCACGUAGACAAGUAUGCCAGCGCACAUGUCUAUCUCAAGUUACAUGCAAAGCAGCAGAGCUCCAGCGACGUGCCGCGGGAUGUGCUGCAUGCCUGCCUGCAGUUGUGCAAGUCAGAGUCUGUACAAGGGAACAAGCAGGCACAAUGUAGCAUUGUGAGCACGCCCUGGCACAACCUGCGCAAAUCUGGAUAUAUGAAACCGGGCGAGGUGUCGUUCAAGUCGACCAAAGCCAUCGCGAAGUUGCAAUGUGCAGGGCGUGAUAACAAGCUGCUAAACCAACUGCGAAAGCGACGCAUUGAUAUAUACGACGAUGUCGAGACGCUCCUGCGUGAUGCGAAACGCAGCAAGGAUGGCGACUUCUUCAUCCACUACAUCACAGCUAACCGGGAGAGGCUGUUAGAAGAGGAGAAAGAGCGAGCGUCAGCAAAGAAGGCUCGCAAGCGGCAAGUGGACAGCAGCGAGUUACCAUGCGAAGAAGAGUCGUCGUAG